CAAAAGAAAACAUGACAGUCACCUGACAACGUGGUACCCAGCCAUCCAGCUAAAAGGGUCAGAGGCAACAGCUGAUGAAUAUCAAGAAAUUCCUUUACUACAAAAGGGCAGAAGAGUUGACCAUAUUUGACACCUGUGCAACAUGUAAUGGGGAGAGACUACUAAGCGAGGAGAAACAACAGGUCAUGAAAAUAUGGAGAACAAAUGGUUUUUGUCAAUGAUUCUGGAUGAAUUUAGAAGUGGAAAAAUUAACCUAGAAAAAACUCACAAAUUACUUGAAAAAUUAGACAUUCAGUGCAGUUAUGUUCAUGUGAAAUCUAUCUUUAAGGAUAAUGACAGGCUGAAGCAAGGAAAGAUCACCAUAGAAGAAUUUAGAUCAAUUUAUCGGAUUAUUACACACAGAGAAGAAAUUGUUGAGAUUUUCAACACAUAUUCUGGUAACCGGAAACUUCUUUUUGAAAACAACCUGGUUCAAUUUUUGAUACAAGAACAGUAUAUACUUGACAUGAAUAAAACUAUUGCUUUUGAGAUCAUCAAAAAAUAUGAACCUAUUGAAGAAGUUAAGAAAGCACACCAGAUGUCAUUUGAAGGUUUCAUAAGAUACAUGGGUUCAUCUGAAUGUCUAAUAUUUAAACCUGAUUGUGGAAGAGUUUAUCAAGAUAUGAGUCAUCCAUUAAAUGAUUAUUUUAUUUCAAGUUCACAUAAUACAUACUUGAUAUCUGACCAGUUACUGGGACCAAGUGACCUUUGGGGAUAUGUAAGUGCCCUUGUGAAAGGAUGCCGUUGUCUGGAAAUUGACUGCUGGGAUGGAUCACAAAAUGAACCUAUCGUAUACCAUGGUUAUACCCUCACCAGCAAGCUUUUGUUUAAAACUGUUAUCCAAGCAAUACACAAAUAUGCAUUCUUAACAUCUGACUACCCAGUGGUGCUCUCUUUAGAAAAUCACUGCUCCCCUUCUCAACAAGAAGUGAUGGCAGACACUUUGCAGUCUGUUUUUGGAGAUACCUUGCUUUCUGAUAUACUUGAUGAUUUUCCAGACAAACUACCUUCACCAGAGGCAUUAAAAUACAAAAUAUUAGUUAAGAACAAGAAAAUAGGAACCUUAAAGGAAACCCAUGACAGAAAAGGUUCUAAUAAGCAUGGUCAGGUAGAGGAAUGUGAAGAGAUAUAUCAAGUGGAUGAAACUGAAGGAUCAGAAGCAUUGGCUGGCUCAGAAAACAAUCCAGGAAGGGGAACAGAGAUCAUCACAGCUGGAUUACCACUUUUCACAAAAAGGAAGGUAAAGGUGGCUAUGGCCCUAUCUGAUCUUGUCAUUUAUACCAAAGCUGAGAAGUUCAGAAGCUUUCAGCAUUCAAGACAGUAUCAGCAAUUUAAUGAAAGUAGUUCUAUUGGAGAGACGGAGGCCCGAAAACUUUUAAAGCUGAGAGCCCACGAAUUUGUUCUUCACACCAUGAGGUUCAUUACCAGAAUUUAUCCCAAAGCAACAAGAACAGACUCCUCUAAUUUUAAUCCUCAAGAAUUUUGGAAUAUAGGUUGUCAAAUGGUGGCCUUAAAUUUUCAGACCCCUGGUCUGCCUAUGGAUCUUCAAAAUGGGAAAUUUUUGGAUAAUGGUGGUUCUGGAUAUAUUUUGAAACCACAGUUCCUAAGAGAUAAUAAAACAGAGUUUAAUCCAAAUAAACCACCAAAACAGAGUGAUCCAGUUACACUUACAAUAAGGCUCAUCAGUGGUACCCAGUUGCCUCCCAGUAGCCAUUCUUCAUCUAACAAAGCUGACACACUAGUGGUUCUAGAACUUUUUGGUGUUCCAAAUGAUCAAACAAAACAGCAGACUCGUGUCAUUAAAAGAAAUGCUUUUAGUCCAAGAUGGAAUGAAACAUUCACAUUUAUUAUCCAAGUGCCAGAAUUGGCAUUGAUGCGUUUUGUUGUUGAAAGUCAAAAUUUAAUAGCUGGAAAUGAAUUUCUUGGCCAAUAUACUUUACCAGUUCUAAGCAUGAACAAAGGUUACCGCCGUGUUCCUCUGUAUUCCAAAAUGGGUGAGAGUCUGGAGCCUGCCUCACUCUUUGUUUACGUUUGGUACGUCAGUUAGCAACUAAUAGUGCCCGACAUACUGUAAUAAAACAACCAAAAUGAA